CACGCCUGGCUGGCAACGUGCUGCUAUCAUUCGCAAUGAACCGACUCUCGAGGGUGCUGCACCAUGAAAUGCUGGAGCACGUGCUCUUCAGCCCCGUCUCGUUCUUCGACGCCACUCCACGAGGAAGGAUCUUGAACCGCUUCACCGCUGAUCUUAACGACGUGGACAUACGCAUGGCAGUGCUGGGCCGCCAGACGAUACAGAACAGCCUCGUCGCUCUCUCACGACUCGCAGUCAUCGGCACCGAGAGCAUAGCGGUCAUUGUCAUUGGCCUCGUCGUGCUCGUAAUUUUUGCCGUUGGUUUGGGCAUUCUUACAACUGCAGUGAACGCCACGCGCUACAUCCGGAGUGCGCAUUUCUCGCGCAUGCUUCAGCACGUCACUGAGACGGUGGACUCGCUUACCAUCGUGCGUGUGUUUCGCAUGACGGAGCGCUUCUACGCGCACUUCUGUCAUCUGGCCGACCAGAACCUGCGCGUGUCCCUAGCCUCAGUGACAUGCAGUCGGCUGACGAGGACGUUUGCUGUAGCAGUGCAGCCAGGCAGUCGUGCUCUCCACGCUGGUGUUCACCGUCGUCGGAAUCGGCACGGAUGAUGUGUUGGGCUCGAGUAGCAUUGGCCUGG